UCGCUCCUCUUCUCCUUCUCUCAUCAAAGCCCGAUCACUUUGCUUCUCCACUGCUAUCCGGUCCAUCCGAUCCUCGGUUCCUCGCUGGAGCCACGGUGUCGAUUGGAGAUCUCCAGCUAGUCUUAGGGCUCAGACCAGGACUGCUGCUCCUGUGAUUGAACGCUUUCAGCGCAAGAUCGCUACUAUGGUUUCUGAGAAUGCUUUCAAGGGAAAUCUUAACCAGUAUUCCCAAGCCUGGGGGUGGCGAGUUUGGAAAGUACUAUAGCCUACCUGCGCUGAAUGAUCCAAGGAUCGAUAAGUUGCCGUACUCCGUCAGGAUCCUUCUUGAAUUGGCAAUUAUUGAUUGGGAGAAUACUUCUCCCAAACAAGUCGAGAUUCCUUUCAAGCCUGCUCGUGUUCUCCUGCAGGAUUUUACUGGUGUACCUGCUGUGGUUGACCUUGCUUGCAUGAGGGAUGCUAUGAACAAGCUUGGCAGUGAUUCUAGCAAGAUUAACCCCUUGGUCCCAGUGGAUCCUGUUGUUGAUCAUUCUGUUCAGGUGGAUGUAGCAAGAUCAGAAAAUGCAGUGAAGGCAAAUAUGGAUCUUGAAUUCCAGAGGAACAAGGAGAGAUUUGCUUUUCUUAAAUGGGGAUUUACUGCUUUUCAUAACAUGCUUGUUGUUCCUCCAGGCUCUGGUAUUGUGCAUCAGGUUAACCUGGAAUACCUUGAUCGGGUUGUAUUCAACACUGAUGGCCUGCUGUACGCUGAUAGUGUGGUAGGAACUGAUUCCCAUACAACUAUGAUCGAUGGGUUAGGAGUUGCUGGAUGGGGAGUUGGAGGAAUUGAAGUAGAGGUAGCAAUGCUUGGCCAGCCCAUGAGCAUGGUAUUACCUGGUGUUGUUGGGUUCAAGUUGACCGGAAAGUUCCUAGAUGGGGUCACAACCACCGACUUAGUUUUAACUGUAACCCAAAUGUUGAGGUAUUACUUGAAUUACCUCUAA